AUGGGUCGCGCGCGCGACUCAGCGAAGAUGAUCACCAGAUACCUCACGGAGAUUUCGACGGCGUUCAACCCGUUCUCUCCACGGGCGAAGACUGCAAGACUAUUCCUCUCAUUCUUGCCCGGAAAUGCGCGCGCAACCAUGAAGAUCAAUACGAAGAUUCUGCCGAGGACGUCCAGGGAGAAGAGCUUUGUCCAGGUCAAAUUCAAGGAUGGAAAGGAGAUGAAACUCGAUUCCGAGCAGCUUGGCAUCAAGGGCGUGAUGGAGGAGUUGGAUAGGCAUUCCAGGAUAUUGGCCAGACAGGAGGAAUUGACGGGGCAACUAAGAUGGGAGAGGGUCUGA